AUGAAACUCGCGAGCUUAUUGGCCGUUGGUUUCCUGUUGUGGCCGCCGAAAGUCGUUAGUGACAGAUUUGCCGUCAGCUCCGACGAGAGCGAGAGUGUCGCUGGCACAUCGCUCCUGCAAACCGAGCUUCAGCGGCUGCGCUACCCCAAGUUUGCCGCGCCUGCUGUUUGCACCGAUACGGUACCCGUGAAAGGCUCCGCAAGGGGCCUGCCUGCCUUGGGAUAUGUCGCCUUCGGCGACGAGCCUGAAGAUAUGAUGAGUGCCAACGUUCGUCCAGGGGUUGCACGAUACUUGCUUGCUGGUGGCCGCCGCGUUGUCACAGCUCCAUACUACCAGAAUGAGCAGGCUGUGGGACAAGGCAUUCGAGACUCUGGUGUUCCGAGGGAGCACAUAUGGGUCACAACAGCCCUGGAUCCUCCCGACGUGGCGCUGCGAAAUCCCCGGCGCUGGGCCGCGGGGCAAGUAGAUGCAAGCCUCCAUCGGCUGAAUGUGACGUACAUUGAUGACAUGUAUCUGCACUGGGGUCUUGAAAACCGCUACGAGACGAGCUUCCACCUGGCAAACUUGACGAAGGAGCAGUACAUGGAGCUAGGUGAGCAAUACUUGGAGCUGUACCGGGGUCUCAUCGAUGCUCAGCGGGCUGGCUUGGUUCGCCACAUUGGUGUUGGGCUCCACACGCAGAAGGAAAUCGAACACUUCAUGAACGCCACAGGCGUCACGCCGGACAUCAUGCACGGAUGGAUCACGCCCUUCAUGCCCGAAAAGCAGCUGAACUAUGCAAAGUGGGCCAGGAACCAGGGAAUGACUCUGGCUGGUUGGGGUCCCUAUCGCUAUACUACGCUGGAUGAGCCAGCCGAACUUGAAUCACACAGAUCCAUCACCGGCGAGCUCGCCAAGAAGUACGGCGCAACUGCUUCUCAGAUAAUCGCCCGGUGGUACUUGGACAAGGGCAUUGCCAUGUGCACAAGCAUGGUCGAGCCGUCUCAUCUCAAAGACAACUUGCGUUGCCUCCGCACUUCCCUAAGUCCUGAAGACACGGCGCUCUUGGAAAGCGUCAAGUGGGACUGCCACAAGACAGAUCAUGUGCAGACCGAGUUCGCUGGCCUGAGUGGAAGUAUGACGUCAACACUGGACACGCGCCGGUGUGGCAUUCGAAGUUCCUUCGGGUACCUCGGGAACAGCAAGCACGGAGAGACAUUGGUGCUGCUGCUGCCGAAUAUCCUCGACAUCGACAUCUUCAUGGCCUUGGCUUCGGCCAGGAGUGUGCACAGGCAGAUUUUCAAUUCGCUGGCCAUCAAGGCAGCUGUUCACUGCCUUUGGAUUGACGUCAUCAGCCCGGUGUUCGGGCUGACUUUGCUGUUCAACUCGCUGGACCUGAUUGUGUUGGCUCUCUGGGGCCUGACUCCCUCCGGCAAACCGCUCCUCUGGCGGGUGAUUGGCUCCGUAGGGGCGAAGGAGGAAGGCCGGAACUCGAGCCUACAAUACCCGCGCUUUGCGAACUUCUUGCUUGCAGGGCUCCUCCGAGAUGUGGCCAACAUCGGCUGGUGGCUCUUCGGACUUUGCCGGAAGUGGCUGAGGCAUCAAAGCCAGCACUCUUUGCGCGGAUCAUCCGCCGAGGCGCGCGUGCAGGAACUGCGAUCCGGCUUGCAUGCGCUGUGGCACCCGAUGAAGAUCUUCGACCUGAGCCACAACACGAACACCCCAGAAAUGAGCCUUGGAACGUGUUUUGUGGGCUACUUAUGUAGACCAAUGAUGGAAGAGGUAGAUACUUAA